AUGAUAGCAUGGAGUAUAGUAGAAUUCGAAUUUUCAUCUGAUGAGUCGAAUAGUAUUGAUGAUACAAUGCGUGAAAUUCGUCAUUUCGGUUGUAAUGGACCCAAUGAUCAGAAUAAAUUUCGAUGCCAACGACAUUGUAUGCGUCAAGGAUAUAGAACUGGUUCUUGUAGUGAAAUUGAUAAUUAUAAAAAAUGUGUUUGUAUUAAAUCUCCCUUGUUAACACAGAAAUAUUCGGAAUUAUUACAGUUUUUCUUUAAUAUAUCAUCUGUAUAA